AUGAUGCAAGAAAUUGUUCCGAUCGACGGUGUAGCGGUACCUACCGAUGCCUUGCUUGUCGACAACUCGGUCCCCGUGCUCGUUGGCGAUGAGUGGACUUGGAUAUCCGACGAUGACGCCGAAGUGGACUUGCGCAAGCGACAGGACAAAGACGAGGAGGAAACCACAACGGUGAGCUCUUCAUCGCAGACUGCGCGCACGAGCGGCAUCAGCAGCGUCAGCAGCGCAUCCAAGACCACCGCCGUCACGAGUUCCAAAGCCGUCGCGACCACUGCCGCCUUGCCGUCCCCGUUCGAUAGCGGCCUCGAUUUCAAGUUUACCAGCAACGGCGGAAAGUCGUGUCCCAAUUUCCUAAACGAGAUGCUCCUUGACGAGACGUUCAAGUCGUGCUAUCCCGUCUCCCUGAUGCUCGAGACAUCGAGAGCAUUUUUCGAGGCGUCCAAGUCGCUUCCCACCAUCGUGACGGUCCUCGACGCCGCCUGUGACGCCGACGUUGACUUUUGCACCAAAUACCUCAAGGAAAAGGCCAAGGAGUUGAUCCUGGAUGAGAAUUGCGGAGGUGAAUUCGCUUCCAACCUGUCCAACAUCCAGCAGGCCUACGUCGGCCUUAGGGCCUACAACGUACUUUACAAGGCUACGUGCCUGCGGGACCGCGAGAAUGACGACAUGUACUGCUUCGCGAAUGCCAUCACCAACACCAGCACGCCGGCCAACGCCUACUUUUACUUCUUGCCCUUGGGCAAAGCUUUGCCCCAGAGCGCCAACCCGGCCUGCAGCACUUGUCUCCAGGACAUGAUGGCCAUUUACCAAUCCGCCGGCGCCAAUCGAAAGCAGCCCAUCGCCGAUACGUACGUAACGGCGGCCCAGUCUCUCAACGCCAUUUGUGGGCCCCAAUUCGCAAACGACACUUUGCCCGACGAGGUGGAGGACGCUGCCGGCCGUCUCGCCAUUUCGUCACUCGCCGUUUUGGUCACUGUCCUUGCUCUCCUCUUUAACUCGAUAUGA